CUCUAGACACUUUUAGCGCGAUUCGCUGGCACGCCUGUUAUCAACAUAUACGCCGCUUAUGUUGCUCUCUGCACUUCGAUGAAGUCAAAUACUCUAUGGUCGAGCUGUUGCGCGAUCGAGUGUAACCUAACCUCGAUGUCAUCUGUCAUUUUCAGCGAGCCAAUUUUUUCUACUUAUUUAUGCGAUGCUGUGAAAUUUAUCUUCGCGACUUGUAUGAUCGCGUAUGGAGCACGUGUCUCGAGCUUUUCCGUCCAAUAAUUCACGCCGACAAUUCACGGAGAGAAAAACACGUCAGUUACAUAUAUAUCGACACGUCUAUGUUUUGGAUCUUUGCGAAAAGUUCACAGCGCUAAUUGACAACAACGCCGUCCAACAAUGAACAUGACAAAGAAAAUAAACGUCAACUUCUCAUCCCUGGUGGGCCUGAAGGCAGAGCUGUUGAGAAAGCAAGCCGAAGUGAACGAGGCCAGGUUGAAGAGCGAGCCGGUCGGCGCGCCGCCGCCGCCGUUGAGUAAGAAGAGGAGCAAGAAGACCGUUGCGGACGGCGGGGAGAGAAGCGCCAAGAGAUCGGUGGACUCGGAGGAGAUCGUCGCUCACAAGAAGUCGAAAUUGAUGCUGGAAGCCAAAGCGAGACUGUACGAGAGGUUGAAGAGGUCGAGGAACAAUAACGAUAAGUUUCUCGUCGACUUCGAGAACAAGUUGGACGAACCCGACGAGGAGUUCGUGGACGAGACAAUCGACGAGGAAUAUCCCGUGGAGCCGGAGGAAAAUUGGGUGGAGUAUCAGGAUUGUUUCGGCCGUACGAGGAAGUGCUUGCGGGAGGAUUUGCCGCACAUGCAAAGGAAGGAUGACUUGAUAAAGCAGGAAAUAAUGAAGAGGCACGCCGUUGAGGACCAGGAGGAGGAAAGCAAGGAACAAUAUCCUGUUCAGGAGAAGGAGCCCGAGAUAGAGAUCAUGAGGAGAAAGUGGGAGGAGCAAACGCAAAAGCUCGCGGACAAGGUCGACAUACAUUAUCAGGAUGUAUUAUUUGACGAGGCACGGGCGCACGGCGUUGGUUACUACGCGUUCUCGCAAGACGAGGAGGAGAGAGCGAAGCAGCAGGAGAACCUGGCGAACCUGAGGAAGGACACGGAGAGGAAGCAGAGGGAGAUGAAGGAGAUCAAGGAAUUGAGGGAGAGAAUGGAGCAGAACAGGCUGAAGGCGGCGAGGAUCAGGCAGCGUAUCCGAGCGGGCUUGCCAGCCGAGCCUACGGAGGAGGAGUUGGCGCAAGAGGGCAAGUCGACCAACUCGACCGAUAAUAUUAACACCGAUAACGGCAAUGUGUCUGCCGAAAAAGAUGAAGAAGAAAAGUCUGACGAAAAAAUCGAAAAUCGUACGACCGCGAGUAUCGAUGAAUCUACCCGGGAAAAGGAGACCAGUGACGAGGAUAAGAUAAGAGCCUUUGGGGAACUUCUGGGCAAGAAGAAUCAUUGGCACGUGAUGUCGCAAGAGGAAUGGGUUGACAAAUGUCGAGCGCAGAGAAUUAACGAAUUCGGACCGGUUUAUGACAAUUUCAGAAGCGCUGGAUUUUACGACAGCUCUCGACAGAGCGUCGACGAGCAGCCAACUCGUGAAGAGAAGGAAGGACUGGACAACACAGAGACUUGUAAUUCCGAGAAACCUACUGAAGAAUCUAAUAGUAAUUUACAGAGUCAUAAAGAUAAUAACGAGCCUGUCGGUAACGAGACGGUCCCUAUUGCGAAAGAUAGCGAUAACCAGAAUGACAAAAAUAAUUUAUCAGAAUGUGACACAGUUAGUGACGAUCCUCGUGAGUCUGAAAGUAUAAUAGGACCGACAUUAACUCCUAACGUGACUUUACGCGAUCUAUCUCAGAGACAAGCAACUGUUUCAUAUCCGUUAUCUCAUCUAGCCAGUAAUUAUUCACGAAAUGCAUAUGGAUGCUCUGGAAUAUAUGCGUCUGAACAGCAAAAGCAAGCAGAUUUGGAUAUCCCUCUUCCAGGCGAAGAUGACGUUUCACCUUCAGCUUCCAGCAGUGCCAUUCACACGCGCAAACAAGAAUCGUCGUCACGGGAUAUAAAUGAAGAUAAGAUUAUAGCAGGUCUCAAAUAUUUAAGAGAAAAAUUCGAAGCAGGACACAGUAAAUUGACACAAUAGAGAAUCAUUUAUUUAUAUUAUGUUGAGUGUAAUUUUACUGUAUAUAUAUAUAGGUAUAUAUAAUUUUAUAGAAAAAUAAAUGCAACAAGUUUUAGUUUUUGCACGGCAUUUAUCCGUCCCAAA